UCCGGUUGUGUUGUGUGAUGCGGGAUGGUGUGAGAGAGAGGAGUGUACUGUCUCCUCGUGCCUCAGUCAUUCCCGCACGGAAACCUAUUAAUGAUAUCAGGGGGGUUACAGUCACCUCGGGGGGUUUCUGCAGUCCGAAACAAGUCAGCUCUCUAUCUGUUAUUGGGGAAUGAACGACGAGAAAAGCCCGGAUAACGACAAGAGAAACUCUGGGUAUACCAGUAUUGAGCAAAUGCUGGCUGUGAACCCCGGGAAGACGCCCAUCAGUCUGCUGCAGGAAUAUGGAACGAGGAUAGGCAAGACUCCAGUGUACGACCUGCUGAAGGCUGAGGGUCAGGCCCACCAGCCCAACUUCACCUUCCGCGUGUCUGUGGGAGACAUCAACUGCACCGGCCAGGGCCCCAGCAAGAAAGCUGCCAAGCACAAAGCCGCCGAAGCUGCCCUGAAAAUGCUGAAAGGAGGAAUGCUGGGAGGAAUCGGAGGAAAUGGGAUGGAGGGAGAAGGGUUUGUUGGGAUUGAUAUGGAGGGAGAAUGCCCUCAGUCAGAGAUGAAAUCAUCCAGUUCAACACAGCAAGCUGAGUGCAAUCCAGUUGGAGCUUUGCAGGAACUAGUAGUGCAGAAAGGCUGGCGUUUACCUGAGUACACAGUCACUCAAGAAUCUGGACCUGCACACCGCAAAGAGUUUACAAUGACCUGCAGGGUAGAGAGAUUUGUUGAGAUAGGUAGUGGCACAUCAAAAAAGCUUGCUAAAAGAAAUGCAGCAGCAAAGAUGCUCUCUCGUAUCCAUGAUGUACCAGUGGACAUGCGCAGCAGCCAUGAGGCCGAAGCAGAAGAUGACACCUUCAAUAUGCAAAUAGGUGGCAGACUAGAGGGAGGGAAGUCUAAAGGUCUCGGCUGCACUUGGGACUCUCUGCGGAACUCGGCCGGGGAGAAGAUCCUACAGUUGCGCUGUCAUCCUCUGGGCCAGCCUGAUUCCAAUGACUCCAAUUUCUGUUCUCUCCUUCGUGAGCUCUCUGAGGAACAGCGCUUUGACGUCAGCUAUCUGGACAUAGAGGAGCGCAGUUUGAGUGGCCUUUACCAGUGUCUGGUGGAGUUGUCCACGCAGCCCAUUACUGUCUGCCACGGAUUUGCCUCUAGCCUGGAUGCAGCACGUGCCAGUGCUGCCCACAAUGCCCUUCAGUACCUCAAGAUCAUGGCAGGGGGGAAAUAAACCACAGUAAGAGCUCUCCUGUAACAUUUGUUUUCUUUUUGCUACCCAGAGGAAAAUAGGAAAAUCAGGUGAAGCUUACCUCUUCUGCCCCCAGUUGUGUAAUCUGAGGGGCUUGUUUAUUUGAUUUUUGCAGUAGGUGCACUGAAAUGGCCUACAAGGCCCUUUUGUUUGUGUCCUUACUGCUACCAGCUGUGAAAUCUGUUGGAGAACGUACUGAUUGCCUAAUUUUCACCUUGAACAUGACACCAAAAGCGUGUGCCCUUGCUCCUCAGUGCCUCCAAACAAAGGCAGGGGACACUAUUAAUUUGAAACCUGAGGACAAAGGUUCACAGGUGCUCAAUGUAAGUGAAUUUAUCUCUGCAGUUCAUUUGGAAAAAGUCAUAUGUAUUUCUUCAGAAAUAACUGAACUUUGCCUGGAAGUUUUGGUCUUUUAACAUUCCCUCUGAUCCCCCCUCCCAAUUUAAAUUAUGGCAUAGAUAAUUUGCUCUGUGACCUUAAUGAAUUGUUGAACCUAGAACAGACAGCAUGACUUUUUAAACUGUAAAUAUUUCACUUUUUUACAUUUUAUUUUCAUUAUAUUUUAGUAAUAGAAGUUAUUUGUUAACAUUUAUUUUGCUUCAUAGAACAUUUGUAAAAAAGUCUUUUUUUUCUCAGCCAUUGAAAUUGAUGAUUUCAUUUUUAACAUGGGCCUGACAGUUUGUGGUAAAUAUCUACCUCUGUGUAAGUGUUUCUGCCUCACAAGCUUCAUUACAUUUGGACUGGCAAAGACUGAAAUGUUCAUAUUCAAUAUAAUACGGUAGUAUACGACCAACAACAGUAGUAUGUGACUGUGUGACUACUGAUGUAAUUUGUACCAAAUUUGUGAAUCUGUAAUCUAUUGAAUAUUUUAUCUUGAACAAUAA